CGGAGACCGCAGGCUAUAUAGAAGACUCCGCCGGGAAUUUCAUCUUCAGAACUGAGAGUCAGUGUCAGGGAAAACUACCCGGAAUUUACUAAGAUGCAAUACCAGACAUACGUAUCCUUGUGCCUUGUGGCGCUUGUCCUUGGACAAGCAUCUGCAUUGCCCCAGCAUCCUCAAUACUCGCCUCAAUAUCCUCAGCAAUAUCAGCAGGUUCGAGACGAUCGAAAAUUUGCUGAGAAGCCUAACGCUAUGAAGAAAGUUGCUCUUGAUGAUUUGGAUGACAUCAGUACCAAUCAGAUUCAAGAAGGUGCUGGCAGUGCAUUCUCAUGGUCCAGCAUGUUGGGUAUGCUCAUGCAAAUGCUACUUGGCCAAGCUGGUGGGAUUGCUGGUCCCAGCAAGAAUGAAAUCGACGAAGGAGUCCCAGCUAGUCCCUGGGCCAAUUUACUGUCCGUAGGCCUUAGGGUCCUCACUGCCCUUUUAGGAGGACCUCAACAGUCUGUAGAUGGCAUCGACAAGGUCGACAAUCAGAGCAGCCCAAUGCAGGGAAUAUUGACAGCGGUGCUGGGCGCAUUUCUAGGACAGGGCAGAGAUCCUGAUCAGGUUGCUGUCAUGGCUAAGCAAGCAUCCGAGUUCAUAAGCAUCGUUGUCAAUCUGCUCGAUGCUCUUAAGACUUCAUUCUCGCAUCGUUCGAUGGCAGCACGUUCGCUGGGACGUCGCGAUUCCAUUUCCGAGGCUGCAGUAGCUUCCAUUUCCAUGGCCAAGGGCUACGUACGUUCCUUGAAGUCAUUCAGUAGCGUAGGACGUGCCGAAGACGAAGGUCAACGAGGAUGUGCCGAACGGGCCCUUUGUGAAGCCAGUGCCGAAUGUGUAGCUGAUACCCAAGGAACAUCAUCCAUCUUUUGUCAAUUGGGAUCGUACGCGACAAGCUAUCUUCUACAGAGGCAAAGUGGCGUCGGUUUUGAAGCACUUUAUGAGGCCGGAAGACGCGGUCGUUCUGGCGAAGAUUGCAGAACGCUCUUCCUGGAUUGUAACGCUGUUUGAAUGGACUCGUCGUAGCGUGCCUGAGGUAAAAACACUUUUCGUAGAAGUAGACUGAACAAGACUUGAAACUUAGGUAAACUUAAUGUGGCAUUUAAGUUCAGCUAAGUGUCGAUACUACGUUAAUAUUAUUUAUUUAUAUUUAUUGUAGUAAAAUUUAAGAACGAGGACACUUGUACUCGUCAACAGCGAUAUUAAGCGAAAUAUGAGAGUCUUUAUUAACCGAGCACUAAUAAUGCUUGACAAUGAAAUUUUGUAAGGGGAAAGAAACUGGCAUUUUCAUAAUUCAAAAUUUCACGAUUCCAACGAAUACAAGCGACACGAACUUUUGGAAUACAGUUUUUUCGAAGGCGAGAAUAUCCCGUGAGUGGCAGUAUUUAAAAAAUUCUGCGUCCUUUAUAGCUUUCUCAUUUUUUACACAUUUUAAUCGCCUUAGGUAAUCAUAAUAAUAUUAAUAAUUAAGAAUUAGUAAUAUUCGUUUUCAUGGGAGAAGACGAGCUUAGAGUUGACGGCAAUGAAAGGCUAGGUAAUUCCGAUGGUUCGAAGAAUCUCGUACGACCGCAUCGUAAAUACAAAAUAAAAGAAUAUUAAAAAUAUUUUAAAAUAAUUAAAAAAAAAAUUUGAAUCGAAAAUCAUAACUUGCUCAAAUCUCAAUGCGACGGUUGCGCGAGUUUCACAAGGAAAGACCUCCCGACAUUCUUACGAGUUAAUAUCUCAGGAUAUUCUUUAUUUUUUUUCGUUCUUCAAACUUAUUUCGUUUUUUUUUUAAUCACCCACUCGAAAUUAUCUACUGUAUAUAUUAUUAAAUGGCUGGGAGUUUAUCGUAGCUAACUAUACCUAUAUAGAUCACUUCAUGUAGAAUUCAACUAGGCUAUAAGUUGUAUGUAUGUGCAUUAGUAUGAUUGUAACUUGAGCAUCCAAUAAAAAAGCGCUAUCAAAA